AUGUCUUCGCUCUUUCCCGAGACGACAACGACGAGGACGACAAGCAGCAUUUACCCGAACGAAGAGAAGAAUGCCGCGCUUUCCCGUGCCGCGAGCUACACCGACCUCCCAACCCAAUCUGUGGAAUCCAGUUCCCCGGGUCUCCGACGAACAUUCUCCGACUACGCGGUGCCCACCCUGUCCGAUUCGCCGACGAAGGAGACCGUGGCGGCGGGCAAGGACAUCCUGCGCCGGACCUCCCUUCGCUCCAAGAACAAGCCGGGGAAGUCGCCCGCUUCCGUCGCUCAUUUCACCCUCUCUUCCUCCGAAGAUCUGAAGGACACGGACGCACAGCAUGUGAAUGCGACCAAGGUGCCCGAGCCGGUGGCUCGCCCCUCGAAGAGCCGUUCCAUGUCCGGACGGAUCGUUAGUCUGGCGCGGAAACCAUGGGGAUCUUCGUCUCGAUCCCCGUCCCCGGCGGCGAAGAGGACCAAGCAAAGGGUCGAAGAGCAAUCUCCUACCCGGUCGGGGGGACGCAAAAUGGAGACAACCGAUCUGGACGGGACCCCGCCAUCGCGCAAGCGAACGGUACUAUACAAACGCCCGCGGCGGCCCAUGGUGGCGGUGGUAAAGAAGGGGAAUUCGGACUCUCCAGAUUCGCCGAACAGUCCGUCCAAUUCGUUACGGCACCGAACCUCAUUCGAAAAAUUCACAGCGUCUCUCUCCGUCUCGACACCGGUUCUUCCACCUAUGCCAAAGGGGGCCGCGGCAACUGCAGCGUCAUUCGCAAACAGCAGUACAAGUGAGAGCUUGCGAAAGAAGGAUGAACUGUGGGGCAUGUUCCGUGGUCUGGAAGCGGAUUUCCAAAAGUUCCAAUCCAAAUCGAGCUCCUUGAAAGCCAACGUCAUUCGCUCCUCUCUGCUCCCGUUUCUCGGCCGCCAUCAUCUGCACGCCUCGAGCAAGAACCUUAGACCCGAGGAUUUGGACCGUCGAAUCAAUAUUCUGAACAAGUGGUGGAUGGGGAUGCUGGAGAUGCUCAACGGCAAGAACAACCAGUCGAUAUCUGGAACCGACCGACCUGUAUUUCUCGAGGCGGUGGUGGGCAUCAUGACCCGACCAGAAUGGCGGAUCCCGUUUCCCACCGCUCAGCAAGACGGUUCACCUACGGACUCGUUGAAGUAUGCGUCGACUUCAGUGUCCGAGACUUCUGAAGGGUCAGGCUCGUCCGGAUCGGACUUUCUGGUGGAGUCGAUCCACCACAACAUCCGCAACAUCUUUAUCCAGAAUCUCCUCUCGCAAAUGGCUUUUGUAGUGGAGCGAAUGUCCAUGAGACAUGCACCCGCGAGCCUGGUGGCCUUCUGUGGCAAAGCUAGUGCGUACGCCUUCUUUUUCUGCCCAGGAGUAGCCGACAUCAUGGUUCGCCUGUGGAACACGUCCCCAACCAUCUUCCGCCGCAUUCUGGCCGAUACUUCUCAGUCUCGCGCGGGGAAUAUGCGUUCAUUCACCCAGGAGUUGGCUCUGAGCUUCCCCGCGGCCCUCCAACCUUUAGCGUUCCACUCGCAUGCACCUUUGUUGCGAUAUCUCCGUCACAAACCCGAGGCACCCUUGAAUACCACUAAUAUCCCUUGGCACGGCCCUUGGAUCGCACGCUGGUGCGGGCGCGACACGGAUUUGUUCUUUGUCUUCGUGAAGUACAUUCAUAUUCUGUACGCAGAAUAUAUGCCCCCGGAGACGGAGAAAGCAAAGAGGAUUCUGGCGCCGGGCUUGCUUCUUGUCCAUGCGCAGCUGCUGGUUGCGGUGGAGGAUACGAUCUACAAGCAGUCCUUGCACCAGCCGGAAAACACCCAUGCAGCAGCAGCAAUCACCUUUGAUGAUUUCAUUGAGUCACCAGAUGCCUCGGCUUCCCCCACCCCCUUGGAGGCGACCUUCUGUGGACUGCUCAAGGUUGCUGCUCAACGGAUCUCUCUCUUCGACCACAAUGCAUGCUUCCUCCUUUGUGAUUUUCUGGAGGAGGUAAUCCCGAUAAUCACGCGAUAUGCCCAGUCCAUUGAAACUGAGCUGUUCGAUUGGAGCUUCUGGCAGGAGGUCUGCCGGCAGAUGAUGCAGAGCCACAACUCGCUGACAGAAGUGCGCGUGUUCUCCUUCCUCUACUCCAUCUGGGGCACCUGGGCUGCGACGGAGGAGCGGAAGGCGGGCCUCUGCAUGGACUUCCUGUUGCAUGAGCCUGUGUUUUAUCACUACUUUAAUCAUUGGAGUCCGAUGGUGCGCGCCUACUACCAUCGCGUUCUGUGCUGGAGGGUUGGUCGGUUUCAUGGAGAACCCUCGCCGGUUGAUUCAACGGUAUAUGAGACCCUUUCUGACCGGCUGCUGCGGGUCUGGGAGUAUUACAUUAGCUUCCAAUCUAAGGCAGAGCAGGGGCUUACAGCGCCGCUGUCUUCUGCUCCUUGCACCCCGGCUCCAGGGCGGAGGAUCAUCAUCAUUAGAUGUGAUAACCAGUUAUCUCCGGUGAACCUCUUUGUGUCAUUUGACCGAGUGGUUCCUCCUGUCCCGUCGGACCAGGUCCUGUCACACCGGAGAUCUAGCUCUUCCGACUCCACUGGGUCCGAUGACCAGCCCUCUAAGCGGCGAUGGGGUCUUCUCCGUGCCAUGUUUGGCAAUUCCGCCAAAUCUGGGGAUCCUGCAGGUGGCAGUAGCUCAGAUGAGUCUGAUAACGGUGCCAUGGACUUCACUGUGACACCUGAUAGCCGGUGCAUGGACGACCAUGAGCAACCCCCGCACAGUAGCAGUGAUGAGCUUGUCCGGCCCAAGACGCCUCAUCAGCCGUACUUCUUCAAAUUCUCACUGGAAUGGAUGGAUAGGCCGCAGUGGCCCACCAAGAAUAAGCGCCUAUUCACGCCCUGCCUCCCCGUGGCAUCUCAACUGCAUGUACAACACCGCCGCUCGCCCUCCAAGUCCACCGACUUCCACACCGCGGAGAACGUGUCCACCUCAGAUGAGACAACCGAUGAAAACCCGACAGAAGCGUCCAAAGACAACACAGACCCCUCGUUUGAACUAGCCGCGGACAGCCAGACGAGGAUACCAACUACUAAAGACUCGCCUCUUCCAGAGCUCCCGCCUCGAUCGCCAUACGAUCACCUCGUGGCUAGCAAGUACACCGGCCGUGCUCUGGCCGAAUGGGCGCACAUAGUCUCCGAAUGCGACAGUUUCUUCGCACGCCGCCGCGAUGAGGGCGUGCCAUCUGAUCGCAUGGUCGAAACGCCCAGUCUGGGCGUAGAGAACUUUCGGAAAUAG